AUGAAAUUCUCAAUUACUUUCUUAUUUGCCAUCGUCUUUUUGUUCCUUUAUGCUCAUGCUGCUGUAAUCGUGUCAAGGGGGCUAAAACCAAAAGUUGCAGUCCAACUUCAAGCCGAAAUUCCAGAUGGAUCUGUUAAGCUUAAAUGGAACAAGGAUGAAAAGAAGAUCAGUCCUAAUUCAAAUGCUACUAUAGGUUUCAGAAUUUUAGAUUGUGAUAAUGAAGGAUGUGGGCUUCCAAUUUUAGUAAAUCAAGUAGUAAAAUUUGGAGAUGGUGAAUUUACUCUUACAAAGAAACUGGACUUAAUCAAAAUUCACAUUGCCGCAAUCCGUGGUAAUACUAUUAAUGGUGAAGCAUAUGGCAGCAUUACUCCUAUUAUUGCUAAUAAAACUGGAAAACCUGAGGCAUAA